CCGCUUACAGAAAAAUAGGAAAGUAAAACUAGACAAAUAAACACAACACCGCCUUGUCUCUCUUCCUCGUCGUGUGCAUUGCCGAAAGAGAGAAAGAGGGUUAGAGAGAGAGAGAGAGGCAGCUGCCAGAGGUGUCAGCUUCAAAGAACGGAGUCGACAACAAGAGCCAAGCCCCACGAAGAGAAGCGCCUAAACCGCUAAUCCCUCCUUUUCUGCUUGGUUGCCCAUCGAUCCUCUCCAUCCCUCUCUCUCUUUCUCUACCGCUGCUUCUGCCAUAUCGUAAGUAUCCUCCAAUUCGAUUCAAUCAUCUUCCCUAACUCUCUUGAUCCCCUGCCCUUUGGUUAUAGCUUGUAAUUUCGCCGUCUCUCGUUUGUUUGAUCACUGAAUUGCGCCUUAUGGACUGUAAAUUUCGAAGCUUUUUUCCCUAUUCGGUUCAUGGGGCAACGUUUCCUCUCCCUUUUCCAUGAUUGGGAAGGGUAGUAGUAGGGCUUCAAAUGCCGCAGCUUUUUUUGGGCUGCUUAGCCGUGAACCCUAAAGUUUGUCACAGCGAAGUUUUUACGGUUAAAGUUCGUGUCUUUGAGAAACCCUAUGGCUGCAAAGCCUCUCAAAGUCGCUUGCUUUUUUCUUUUUUCGAAUUUGAUUGUUCGCUUCUUUGGCUGUGAAUUUUGUGUUCCUAGAUCAGGAUUGCGUUUUUAGGAACUCUUGUCUCGAGAUUUUCUGUAAUGAAGGUGUUGGUUUGAAGGAAUUAAGAGCUCAAUGUUUUGUACUAUUCUUCUGUGCUUGCUAGAUAUCGUGUUUGGCUUUGUGGAGUAGAAUGGGAAGUGCUGCUGAAGCGAUUCCGGCUCAUGUUUCCGAACCAACAAUUGAGAUAAAGAUAAAAACACUCGACUCUCAAACCUACACUUUGAAAGUGGACAAGCAGGUGACUCUCUUGAGCUCCUUUGUUUUCGUGGCAUGUUUUGAUUAUGGCAUGUACACGGGUGCUUUAGUUUCCAAUGCAGAUCUUGUUAUCUUUGUGGAAUUGUACCAACAUUAUGUUAAUGUGGCCGUUACAUAACUGGUUUUUGGUUUGCUGGCGAGUUAAAAUCCGUUACGGUGCGUUAGAAAUAACUGUUUUGUCUUUAUAAAUGGAUGGCACACUUGAAUGCUGCUUCAGCGAUCUGCACUUUAUAGAUUUAGUUGCCAUAAUGUAUGUCAGACCGAUUCUUAAAACCAUGAGCAAGGUGCUAUCUUAGUCUGUUUGCAUGACAAAUCCCUGUUGGAACCUCUAAAGCGCUGGAGAUAAGAUCAGCCCAUGGAAGUAACUAGAGUUGUUCACCUUUAUCAGUGUAUCCAUGCAUUAUCGGAUUCUGUAUGAAUGUUAACUUGGACUGAGUUUGUAAUUAUGACCUAUGCAUGAUAAGGUUAUGAUCUUAUACUUAUUUGUUGCCUAUAUUGCAGAUGCCAGUUCCGGCUCUGAAAGAGCAGAUUGCCUCUGUUACCGGUGUCUUAUCUGAACAACAACGUCUUAUAUGCCGUGGAAGAGUUCUAAAGGAUGAUCAACUUCUCUCUGCCUAUCACGUGGAAGAUGGUCACACCUUGCAUAUGGUGGUCAGGCAACCAGUCCCAUCAUCAUCUGAGAGUUUGCAUGAUCACCAAGCUGAUCCUACUUCAUUUUCAAGUUGGAGUCACAGCUUUUCUGCAGCUGAUCCAUCUGCUUCAAUUGCAAGUUGGGGUCCCAGUGUUGUUAUAGAAAGUCUCAGUAUGCCUGAUCAAGGGGAUGGAGGAGUUCCUCCUGAAAUAAGUAGGAUUGUUUCUGCUGUCCUUGGGUCCUUUGGAAUGUCCAGUCUUGGAAGUACCAUUGAUGGGGCUGAUGUAACAAGGGACCUUGGUUUGGGAAGAACAUCAUCUGCUGGUGCCACAUUCGAGAUAAACCAGCAAGCUGGUGCUAGAGUUCAGUCUGACAGAUCACAUAGUGCAUUUGGAAUCCCCGCUGUAGGUUCAUUGGGGUCUUCUUUACACCCUCCUGUUAUCCCUGAUGCACUGACAACUUUGUCCCAGUACCUAAGUCAUAUCAGGCGUGAAUUCAAUCACAUUGGUACAAGUAGUGAAAACAAUUCUCAAACUGACGACAUCAGCAGAUUGGAGCAUAGAGAUCCUAAUUCCUCUUCAUCAGAAUCUGGAAAUGUAGAGGGAAGACUUCCGACACCGGCAUCCUUGGCGGAGGUCAUCUUGUCCAGCAGAGGAUUGCUCACUGAACAAGUUUCUGAAAGCUUACUACAACUUGGAAGGCAAUUAAACAUCCAAGAAAGUAUGACUGAUUCUUCAGCAAGGUUGAGAACUCAAACUACUGCAUGGAGGACAGGAGUUCAACUUCAUAACCUGGGUGCAUUUCUACUUGAACUGGGACGGACAACCAUGACUCUACGACUAGGUCAAGCACCGUCAGAGGCUGUCGUCAAUACUGGUCCUGCAGUCUUCAUAAACUCCAACAGUCCAAAUCCUCUCAUGGUUCAGCCUCUUCCUUUCCAACCGGGAGGAACAACACUCGGUGCUGGCUUUCCUAUGGGCUCUGUGCAGCCUGGUUCUGGGUUUGUUCCUCGUCGCAUUGAUAUUCAGAUACGGAGAGGAGGUUCGUCAACCACCUCAUCUACUGUUACAAACGAUGAACGCGGUGAGCCUGGCCAGAGAAAUCCUGCAGUUGGUGGUCGUGCUGAGAACACGGCUAAUCAGACGCUCGCAGGGGAAUCCGGAGUACGUGUGGUGCCCAUUAGAACCGUGGUUGCUACUGCAGCAGCAGCAAUCCCUGGUUCAAUAGGUCAUCCUUUUCUCGGAAGAUCUCCGCUGGUGGGCUCUGAACAAAGGUCUCAAGCACAAACACAGCAGCAGGCAGUUCCUCAAGCUGCACAAAAUGAUGAGAAUGCCGAGGUUCGGCCAAGAGAGCACUCAACUACCACCCGUAGCAUUAACAUCAACAUUCUAUCGGCAGCUGGUGGGGCCCGAACUGGUCAGGAAUCUGAUAGACAGGUCCCUGGAAGUGUUAUGCAGUUCCUGAGGUCUUUGUUUCCUGGAGGAGAAAUCCACGUUGAGGCUGCGGGUGGCGACCCAGGAACAACAACAGCAACCCCUCCUCCUGCCCCUCAGAACGGUGCACCAGCUACUGCUGCCUCUGAAGUAGGAUCAGAAUCGAGACCAAGCGAGGAAGGGAUAUUUCUCUCCAAUUUACUCAGACAGAUCUUGCCGGUGGUAUCUGAACAUGGUGGGCCAGGCGAUGCUUCUCAAGGAGAAGCACAGAGGUCUCAAGAUUCUUCGAGCCAGGUUGAGAACAAUGGGGUAGGGACGUCCCGUCGUAGCAGUGAUUCACAUCCAAGCAGUCCAAACUCGAAACGCCAAAGGAGGGAGUAAGGGAGCUUCGGUGGAUUGAGGAGGCAGUGCUUUGUGGCGAUAGAGAGCUGUUGUUGAGAAUCAAUAAUGGAUGGUAUUGGAUUUUCUUUAGUACAGGUGAAUGGCCUAUUUAUAUUUGUUUUUGUGAUCUUUCUGAAUGUAGGUUUUAGUUGGCUUUUCCAAAAUUUUCCAAAUAACUGGGGGAUAUUCUGAUAUUUGAGGAACCGAAGAAGUUAAUUUUGUUUAUGAGUCACCUUUUGAGUUGGAUUCACCCUCUCACAUUAUACCAAUCAGUAUACAGAUUACAGCACUUCAUGCACAUGAUACAAGUAGAGAUACCUUUCAGACAGAGUUGCUUGAUCUUGCUCACUUGCCCUUGCCCUUGCCCUGAAUUGGCAAUCUAGCCAAUGGAUACUGUGUGCAGGCUCGGAGGGUUCGCUCGUAGUUACGACUAAACAUGAGCCUGCCAUCGUCGCCUUCUGAUUUUUCGACAUAUACGGUAUCCAUUCCAAUUGUACCAUGCAAAUUUACCAGUGGUAGUGGAUGUCGAAUUGUAUCGUUGAUUUUUCGCCACAUGUAUUGAAUUAUCCGUGGCAAGAACAAUAAUGUACAAUCACUCAUAGAUGGUUGAAAGGGCAUGUUGGAAGUUUGGAGUCACUUGUCCUACUUUCGCCAUGAUAGUUAACACAAACUAGUCAAAUUUAAGAGAUAUCCUAACCUUGUAUGAACAAGAAUCAGGACAGAAGGUAAACUUUGAGAAAUCAGAAAUUUCUUUCAGCCCUAAUGUGGAGGAGGUUAAAAGACAGGAUCUGGCAGCCAUUCUUGGAAUGAAGGUGGUACCUUUUCAUACUAAAUACCUAGGCCUACCCACCACAGUUGGAAGAAGAAAGAAGGUGUUCAGCUAUCUUGUGGAUAGGGUCAGAAGGAAGGUGAAGUUGUGGAAAGGGAAGUUACUUUCUUUUGGAGGAAAGGAGGUAUUGAUAAAAGCAGUAGCCCAAGCACAAAUGACUUAUGCAAUGCAGGUUUUCCUAAUCCCUAUGACUGUCACUCAAGAAAUUCAGAGUCUGGUUUCAAACUUUUGGUGGGGACAACAAGACUCAGAACGCAGGACGCAUUGGGUUAGUUGGCAGGAGAUGUGCAUAUCCAAAAAGCAAGGGGGCUUGGGGUUCAGGAACUUACAUGAUUUUAACUUGGCCCUUCUGGGAAAACAACUGUGGAGAAUGAUUCAAAACCCAACCUCCUUAGUUUCAAGAGUUAUGAAAGCUAAGUACUUUCCAACCCGGGACAUAUUGGAAGCAGAAGGAGGGUAUAAUCCGAGCUUUAUAUGGAGAAGUAUCCUAGCAGCCAAAGAUCUCAUGAAGGAAGGAUUGCGGUGGAGAGUUGGGAAUGGAAACAAAAUUGAUAUCUGGCU